AGCGAGACAGUGGCCGAGAGAAACGGAUCCCCGACGAACUACUACUGUACGUUGCCCGCGACCCUCGGCACAGGUGUCACUGACCAACUGACUCUCCUCCCCCCGGCAGGCACAGGUGAGGAACUCGAGACGACCAUGCGGCGCGCGUCCCCGUACCACUGACUCGCGGGCCCCGGCACGUACGUGCAGCCGCUGUCACGAUCACCACGUCGGAGAGGAACGGUGGCCGGACGCCGGACAGCGAGACCGAAUAACCAUGUCGAGGAGGAGAGCGCAGGAGGAGGAGGAAGACGACGAGGAUGUGGUGGAGUCGGUAGAGCGGGUGUUCGAGGGGCGGGAGGUGCCGGGGUGGCGGGAGCAGGUGACGGCGCGGGCGCUGGCGGUGAGCGCGCUCCUGGGCGCCAUGUUCAGCGUCAUCGUCAUGAAGCUGAACCUCACCACGGGGAUCAUCCCCUCGCUCAACGUCUCUGCGGGUCUCCUCGGCUUCUUCCUCCUCACCUCCUGGACCAAGCUCCUCGCCAAGGCCGGGCUCACCGGCGUCAGGCCCUUCACCCGCCAGGAGAACACCGUCGUCCAGACCUGCGUCGUCGCCUGCUCUGGCAUCGCGUUCAGCGGAGGGUUCGGGAGCUACAUGUUCGCGAUGAGUGAGAGGAUUAGCGAGCAAUCGGGGGAGACAUGGGAUGCGCACAACAUCAAGAACCCCGGUCUGGGCUGGAUGAUCGGUUUCCUCUUCAUCGUCAGCUUCCUCGGCCUCUUCUCCGUCGUGCCUCUCAGGAAGAUAAUGAUCAUCGACUACAAGCUCAUCUACCCGAGCGGCACCGCGACUGCCCACCUCAUCAACAGCUUCCACACUCCCCAGGGCGCCAAGCUUGCCAAGAGACAGGUGAAGACGCUGGGGAAGUUCUUCGCCGGCAGCUUCACCUGGGGCUUCUUCCAGUGGUUCUACACCGCCGGCGAGGGCUGCGGCUUCAUGUCCUUCCCCACGCUGGGCCUCGAGGCCUACAGGCAGAAGUUCUUUUUCGACUUCUCGGCGACGUACGUCGGCGUCGGUAUGAUCUGCCCUUAUCUCGUCAACGCCUCCGUUCUCCUUGGAGGAGUGGUCUCGUGGGGCAUCAUGUGGCCGCUCAUCGAGCAGAAGAAGGGCGACUGGUACCCGGCCGACCUCAAACCCAGCAGCCUCCGUGGCAUCGUCGGCUACCGGGUCUUCGUCUCCAUCGCGCUGAUCCUGGGCGACGGCCUCUACAACUUCCUCAAGGUUAUGACGAGGACCGUGACCGCACUGGUGGUGCAGGUGCGCAGAAUGAUGUCGGAGCCGACGCUCCCCAUCUCUGGCGGCGGCGGGGAAGGCGGAGGUAUCCCGCUGCCGGCGCCGGAGGAGACGUUCGACGACAGGCGUCGCACGGAGCUGUUCCUCAAGGACCAGAUCCCCAACACGCUGGCGCUGGGCGCGUACCUGGUGAUCGCCGUGGUGUCCAUCGUCACGGUGCCGCACAUCUUCCACCAGCUGCGGUGGUACCACGUGGCGGCGUCCUACGUGGUCGCGCCCGUUCUGGCCUUCUGCAACGCGUACGGCUGCGGGCUCACGGACUGGUCCCUGGCCACGACGUACGGCAAGCUGGCCAUCUUCACGGUAGGCGCCUGGGCGGCGGCCACCGACGACAGCGGCGGCGGCGGCGGGGGCAUCAUCGCGGGUCUGGCGGCGUGCGGCGUGAUGAUCGGCAUCGUGUCGACGGCGUCGGACCUGACGCAGGACUUCAAGACCGGGUACAUGACGCUGGCGUCGCCGCGGUCCAUGUUCGUGAGCCAGGUGAUCGGCACGGCCAUGGGCUGCGUGGUGGCGCCGUCCGUGUUCUGGCUCUUCUACAACGCGUUCCGCGACAUCGGCAUGCCGGGGUCCGAGUACCCGUCCCCGAACGCGCUGGUGUACCGCAACAUGGCCAUCCUGGGGGUCCAGGGCCUGGGCUCCCUGCCCCGCCACUGCCUCGACCUCUGCAUCGCCUUCUUCGCCGCCGCCAUCGCCAUCAACCUGGCACGCGACCUCGCGGGCGCCCGCGCCGCCGCCUACAUCCCGCUGCCCAUGGCCAUGGCCAUCCCCUUCUACCUCGGCCCCUACUUCGGUAUCGACAUGUGCAUCGGCAGCCUGGUGCGCCUCGUGUGGGACCGCCUGGACCCGGCCAGGGCCAAGGCGUUCGCGCCCCCCGUCGCGUCGGGCCUCAUCUGCGGCGACGGCAUCUGGACGCUGCCGCAGUCCGUGCUGGCCCUCGCCGGCGUCAAGCCGCCCAUCUGCAUGAAGUUCCUGUCCCGCAGCACCAACGUCAAGGUCGACGCUUUCCUCCGCAGCUAGCUCCUAGCGAGCUACCUCUACCUCCUGAUGGAGCAGGAGACUCAAGACCUGCUGCUUGCUGAUCUGACACCACCAGCAGCAAGCAACACACAGCACAGUGCUCUGCUGCUGCUCUGGCUGCUGUUGCAAUGUUGCAUGCCCUGCCAUCUACCGAGUUGUACUAGAAUCAGAUGCUUUCAAUGUGUCACACACUGCUGCCGCAUAGCUGCUGAAGGGCAGCAAGUACGAGCAGUGCUGAAUUUGGGGCGGUGAAACAAGCAGAUGGCUAGGCAGCUGACUGCGCUUCUGAGCAGAGAGAAGUCCCUUCUUCACCUUCCUCUUCUGUAGCCUGUAACUAGGAGAACUGAAUUCGGUGCUUGCAUUGCACUGCAUGAAUUGGAUUGGAUCCCUGGUAUGGUAGCGGCAAUGUUGUUGAUGCUGCCGUUUCAUUCACCAAAUGUAAUGUAAAUAAUAAUGGUAAGAAGUUUGAAUAGACCAAUAUCAAUUUCUAGUGUGAUAUC